AUGGCAUCCUCUGUCUGUCGUGUUGCACGCAAGCGCAUCGUCUCCCAGCCUGCAUUGGCUCGCGGUCUGGCCACGGCCAAGCCGCCGCCGUCGUUGUUCGCUCCACUCGACACGUUCCCCGACCGGCACAUAGGCCCUGAUGAUUCCGAGGCGGCUCUCAUGCUCAAACAGCUGGGCUACGACUCUAUGGACGCGUUCAUCCGCGAAGCCGUCCCUCAGCAGGUCAAGAUUGCGUCAACCGAGAUCACGGAUGAAGUUAUCGCACCUCUCAGCGAGCUCGAGCUUAAGCGGCGAGCUCAGGCGCUCGGAAGGGAGAACAAGCCGUUCAAGAGCUACAUUGGCAUGGGUUAUCACAAUGCCGUCGUGCCGCCGGUCAUCCUCCGCAAUGUCAUGGAGAAUCCCGCUUGGUACACCCAGUAUACUCCGUAUCAAGCCGAGAUUGCUCAAGGACGUCUCGAGUCGCUGGUGAACUUCCAGACUAUGGUCAUGUCAAUGACCGGGAUGGAUAUCGCCAAUGCCUCGUUAUUGGACGAGGCAACUGCAGCGGCCGAAGGGAUGGUGAUGGCAUAUGUCGCGUCUCAUCAAAAGAAGAAGGUCUUCUUCGUCGAUAAUGGCGUUCUGCCCCAAACUUUGGCUGUUCUUCGCACCCGCGCUAAGGGCUUUGGUAUCGAGCUCAAGGUCGGCGAUGCAUCGACUGCUUUUGAAGGAGAGUCGAAUGUGUGUGGCAUCCUUGUCCAGUACCCCGAUACCGAUGGCAACGUCAAAGACUUCUCCACACUCUCAAACGCGGCGCACAAGUCGGGGGCACUAGUCAUCGCGGCAACCGACUUGCUCGCCCUCGCAAUGCUGAAGCCUCCUGGCGAGUGGGGUGCUGAUAUCGUCUGCGGUAACUCCGCACGUUUUGGGGUUCCAGCAGGGUAUGGCGGCCCGCAUGCUGCGUUCUUUGCAUGCACGGAGAAACUUAAGCGCAAGAUGCCUGGCCGUCUCAUCGGUCGCUCUCGCGACGUCACUGGCAAGCCUGCGUACCGUCUUGCCCUUCAGACUCGUGAGCAGCACAUCAGACGGGAGAAGGCGACCAGCAACAUCUGUACAAGCCAGGCGCUUCUAGCGAAUAUGGCAGCGAUGUACGCCGUUUAUCACGGACCCGACGGUAUCAAGCGGAUCGCAGGCAAGGUUCAUGGACUGACGCAGCUGCUGAAGACGAUCGUCGAGAGCUUCGGCUUUAAGGUCACGAAUGAGGCUUUUUUCGACACACUCACUCUGGACGUAUCUGGCGUAGUCAAGUCGGCAACUACUGUUCACAAUAGCGCCGCGGCGGCAGGUGUCAACUUCCGCCGUAUCGAUGAUUCGCGCCUCGGUAUCACCAUCGACGAGAGCGUCGGCCCUAUAGACUUCAUUCGCAUCGCCAACGUCUUCUCUAGCGUCGUCGGCUCGUCUCUGCUCACACGUGAUUCUGUGCCGACGCCGACCACUUCGCUAUCUGUUCCUGAGUCGCUUGUGCGCAAGUCAGGGUUCCUCCCUCAUCCGGUUUUCAACAGGCACCACUCGGAGACGGAGAUGCUGCGAUACAUUCACCACCUCGAAUCGAAGGACUUGUCGCUCGCACAUGCCAUGACACCUCUCGGCAGUUGCACGAUGAAGCUCAACAGCACGAGCAGCAUGAUCCCACUUACGGCGCCUGACUUUAGCAACGUACACCCUUUCGCACCGCUUGACCAGGUUCAGGGCUAUGCGCGGAUCAUCCACGAGCUCGAGAGCGACCUCUGCAAGAUCACUGGCUUCCAUUCCUGCUCACUUCAGCCGAACUCUGGUGCGGCUGGCGAGUAUGCCGGUUUGAGCGUUAUCCGCGCAUAUCACGAAUCACGAGGCGAGGGCCACCGCGACAUAUGUUUGAUCCCGGUCUCAGCACACGGGACGAAUCCGGCAUCCGCUCACAUGGCCGGCCUGAAGGUUGUCCCGGUCAAGUCCCUUCAGGACGGUAGCCUCGAUCUAGAGGACCUCUCUGCCAAGGCUGAGAAGCACAAAAAUAACCUCGCGGCGUUCAUGAUCACCUAUCCGUCAACGUUUGGUGUCUUCGAAGAGGGCGUUCGCGAUGCUUGUGACAUCAUCCAUAAGAAUGGCGGUCAAGUUUACCUCGACGGUGCAAACCUCAAUGCUCAAAUUGGCCUCACCAACCCGGCAGUCUGCGGCGGCGAUGUUUGUCAUAUGAACUUGCACAAAACCUUUGCAAUCCCGCAUGGUGGCGGGGGGCCAGGUGUUGGACCCAUUUGCGUCGCCGAACACCUCUCACCUUUCCUCCCUACUCACCCUCUCAUCUCAACUGGCGGCAACAAGGCCAUUGACGCCGUCGCCGCUGCCCCGUGGGGCAGCGCAUCCAUCCUCCUCAUCUCCUGGGCGUACAUCAAGAUGCUUGGUGGUCAGGGUCUCGCUGACUCGUCCAAGAUGGCGCUCUUGAGUGCGAACUACAUGGCCGCACGCCUAUCUGGGCAUUACUCCCUGCGCUUUCACAACAAGAACCAGCGCGUUGCACACGAACUACUUAUCGACUUCGCCGAGUUCGACAAAGCCGCUGGAUUGAAGGUUACCGACUUCGCCAAGCGUUUACAGGACUACGGGUUCCACCCCCCUACUGUAUCGUGGCCCAUUCCGACGUGCAUGCUCAUUGAGCCUACGGAGUCAGAGAGUCUCGAGGAGAUCGAUAGGUUCUGCGAUGCUAUGAUCCGAAUCCGUGAAGAAGCCGAGGAAGUCAUCACGGGUAAGCAGCCGAAGGACAAUAAUGUUCUCAAGAACGCGCCGCACCCGAUGUCCGUUGUCAUUGAAGGCGAUUGGGAUAGACCGUACACGCGCGAGAAGGCUGUAUACCCGGCGCCCUGGUUGAAAGAGAAGAAAUUCUGGCCGACUGUCUCCCGCGUCGACGACGCUUACGGUGACCUCAACUUGAUCUGCGACUGCCCUUCCGUCGAGGAAACUGCUUAUGAUUUCAACGCAUAG